AGGUGGGGAGGGUGGACGUGAUGGUGGACGAAGUCAAGAGAGGUUUUGAUUGGGGGGGAUGAAUGCAGGGUUGUGGACGACGUGCUGGCAACGAGAGCAGCGGGGGUGGAGGAGGUAAUAGGGGUAGAUGUGGAGGUGAAGGGAGGGGAACGGGUGAUGGAGUCCGCAGUGGAGGGGGGCGUGCUGGUGACGACCUGGAUAGUGGAGGAGGCUUGUCAUUGUUCCACGGUGGUUCUUCUGUUGGAAAGACCGGAGAGGGACGCUUUGGGGGAGUCGAGGGUGGCUUUCAUGGUGGUCAUGAGGGAGAAGAGGGCGGAAGAGUCAGCGGGGGGCUCCUGGGCCUCAGCCUGUUGACCAAUGAGUUCGCAGCGGAGGCUAUCACGAAGGAAACAGCCGGGGUAGUAGCAGUUGACAGAGAAGCGGGUGGUGAUGAGGUGGAGGCGGCUGUAGCGGCAUUAGCAGCGGCAGAGGCAGCAGGGCACUAAGGGUUCUUCGUUUGGCAUGGCAUGCCGGGGGGGGGGGGGGGGGGGGGAGGAAAUGAAGGGAAAAAGAAUGA